GUGAUAAAUAUAAAUAUGUUCUAAAAUAUAUUUAAUAUAAUGAAAAAAUAUAUUUAGUGAUGUAAUCGUGAUUGAUUCGAGUUAUGGAGCUUUUUAGACAACGCAGCCUACGGGAGCUUAUGGAAUAUUGUCGGGAAGGCACCAAGAAGAGCAUUCAAAGAUAUAAAAAGAAGGCAAAAUGGUAUUGGCCAGAGCUUCACCUCUACUGCGGAGUCUGCAAACUGAGAACCGGCCUAUACAUAAGAAGUGCAAUCUGUUUGGUGUUCUACAUAAUUGCGACUGUACUCAACAUUAUUAUGGUCUACUACAUAGUAGAAGGGGGAAGAUUUCUAUUUUCAAUGGAUAUGACAGCAUUGGAAGAUUACUUGGAAGUUAAUUUGACGGAUGUGAAGCUUGAGCGAGCGAAGAAAAUCUACACUUUGCUCCUAUCUUACUUAAUAUUCUGGUGUAUCUUCAAAAUGAUUUAUAUCUUGUCUCUUGUGUCCACAAUUUAUGCAAUGUACAAAAAGAAGCCGAAAAUUUUGAAAUUAGUAAUAUUUAACAAUACUCUAAAUUGGAUACUGGACAUUAUAUUAUCAUUUUUUGGAGCAGUAAUUACUCAAUUAUUCUCUAAAGUCCUAGUUCUUUUUUGCAUUUUAUUCGAAGGGUACAACUUAUUGGCGCUAUCCAGUGAAUACAAGCAAUUAAAAGGAAAAUCAAAACUUAUUAUAUACUUACCCGAUACAACAAAUGUCGAAGCCAUUGACACACCAACAGAUGUCAAUAAUCAAAUAGAAGAGAACAUACGUCAUAAUAUAUCAAAUCAUUGCGAAACAUGUACAUGUAAUGAACCUAUGUUACCUAACACUUCUGAAGUUAUAGCAACUAAUGUAACAUCUCAAUGUACAUCUUCAAAUGAGAAAGAAGUAAAUAUUAAAGAUGUCGAAAUAAUCUUCAAUCAAGACCAAUUACUUCAACAUAGUAGUUCUGUACUAGAAACUAGAAAUACAAGACCAAGUAGACCGACAGUGUUAGAACUACCGCCGUAUUUGGAAGAAGAGAGUGAGAUGAAGAAAGAUAAGGAAAUACUAGUGGCAGUUAUUUAUGAUCAGAAUCAAUUAAAUAUUUGUGGCAGCCCAAUAAUAGAGAGUCGAGAAAAUUGAUAAUCUUCUGACUAUAGUAGAACAAACAAUCAUCUCGGUGUAAGAGGCGCUGCUAUCGCGAUGUUGAAGCAUACAAACUCAUGACAAAACAUCUACAGUCCAGUUGUUUUUAUAUUCUUUUGACAAUGUCGGAAGAGCGAUAAAGA